ACUGAUGGAAAACAUGGAUAAGAAAGCAACCUGGGACCGUUUCUACACUGAGAACAACAGUCGGACACCCACCUUCAAAAACUUUGAGUGGUUCUUUGGCUUUGAAUCCGUGCGGGACUUCAUUAUGCCCCUCUUGCAGCGCAAGUGUGAUCCAGAUGCUCCGCUCCAUGUACUGGAUGUGGGCUGUGGCACUUCAGCUCUCGGGCCUUGUAUUUACAGACACUCUCCUGUGCCGGUGCAGGUCACCUGUGCUGACAUAUCCCCCGUAGCUGUACGACUCAUGAAGGAGCAAGUUCAAGCGAAAGCAUUUCAACCUCACAGUGUUUCUUCUCAGCUUGAGUUUGUGGAGCUGGACUGCACACAUCUUCACAAGCACUUUGGUUCUAGCAGCUUGGACCUGAUCAUCGACAAGGGCACCAUAGACGCCUUGUUAAGGUCUAAGGAAGGGAAGGGGAAGGCCGGCCUGGUGCUGAGGCAAUGUUUGAAGGUGUUGCGGAGCUCGGGAUCUCUGCUGCAGUUCUCUGAUGAGGACCCUGAUGCCAGGCUGCUGUGGCUGGAGACUGAGGCCCAGGAGCCGGGGAUUAUGGCAGCAGAUGUUGGUGUGCAGGAGGUUGGAGAAUUAAGGGGAAUGUAUUAUUUCUGCUACCAAGUGACUCCUCGCUGUAUUAAACAGCAGUAACUUACUACCUGAAUGAAUAAAUCAUUGUUAA